AUGCCACUGGUCCGCGACGAGCCCAAUUUAGGCGGCCAGUUUCACUUCAUUUCCAUCCAAAAUCCAGAUGAUGCGAAGGACCGCACUGCCAGGCGCCUAGCUCGGUCACAUGCUGUGGCUCGUAGCCUCGAGAACAAGCGAAAGCUUCAGCAGAAAUCGGGCCUCAAUUUCCGGGUAGUAUCUCUGAGCGAUGACAAUGGCCGACAUGCGAGUAAGAGACCACGAAGCCAAACUCUUCAAGUGGUCGCGUCACCACGCUCUGUCUCUGCGGAUGCGCCUAGCUUGUUUCGAAUGCUUGCUGCAGAGUCUCCGAGACUGUUAGCCUUGCUGAGUCAACACCAGGCGCAACAGACCAGGGAGCCGGUCUUCAGCGUUUCAGACGAGCUUGUCCUCCAGAAUUUUCGCUCGGUCCUUCGAAAGGGCCUAGAUGACCACGCUCUUGUGAGCGCCGUCAUGCUCACAUUUGCCUUUACCGUCGGUGCUGGCAGCGUCGACAUGGAGUACCUAGGGUAUCAGAGUGAGGCUCUGAGUUCCCUUCGUCAAAGGAUGAGCUCUCCAGAUAGAGCGAUUUCGGAAUCGACCUUAGGCGCCAUUCUGCUGCUCGCGGGUAUAGAGGCUAGACUUGGAAUGCCGCAUCAAGUCCAACUUCACAUGUCUGCAAUACAGCAGCUUCUUGACGUCUGUCGAACCAAGGGUGUGUACUUGAGUGACGGUAUCAAACGGGCCAUCUUCUGGCAAGACCUGAAUUCAUCCGUCCUGACAGGGUCGAGCCGAGUGGUUGACCACACCACCUUUUCCGAGCUUCACUGGACAAGAGAUGCUUGCUCACCUGAUUUAUUCAUCCUCCCAUCUGGAUUCAAAGCCCAGUCCCAUCUACUGGGGGAUGAGUUCGUCGAGGUGCUCAAGGAUCUCCAUGCACUGCAACGCAUCCGAGACUCUGCAGAUCCAUCUAGCCCAAAGGAUAUGAUAUCGAUGGCACGGAUUGAUAAUCACCAAGCAUUCAUCCAGUCAAGACUGGUGAGGUUACCAAUUCGUUCCCCCAUAUCCGAAGCCUGCCGUGUGGCGGCAUAUCUAUGCUCGACCAUGCUGCGCUGUAAACUGUGGCCAGCUUCAACCAUUCCGUCCCAUAUAUCAGCACGACUGCUCUUCAAACUAAAAGAAUGCAACGAUGAUCCUAUAUGGGACGAUCGGCCUGAUUUGUUGGCCUGGCUCCUGCACAUCGGCGGCGCUUUUGCUCCUACGAAAACCAUACGAUCAAACUACGUGGCAUUGUUGCGCUCGAACCGCAGCACCAGGCUGAGGGACUUGUAUACAUCGUGGCCAGAGUUGCUUGAGACUCUCAAACGGUUCAUUUGGUCCGAAAAGGCUUUCGCGUCACCAGUGAAGGCGUUCUGGGAAGAAAGCUCCUUUUAG